AUGUUAGAUGUGCUAAUGAUGACAACAGUAACAAAAGAAACUUCUGAAAUUGAUCAUAUUGUUUCAUCAGAACAAUAUCGACUUCAAACAUUUCGAAGUCUAACACAUCUUCCAUCCAUAACACGUCGUCAAUUAGCUCUAGCUGGUUUUAUUUAUCGAGAAGAUCAAUGUGUAUGUCCACAAUGUGGUGUUAAAAUAGAUCUUGAUACUAUCGAUGAAAAUUCUGAAUAUGCUUCAAAUUAUUUUCGAAAAUUACAUCGAAAAAAAGUUUCAUUUCUUGGAAAACGUUGUUCUUUUUUAUUAUGUGAAUCAGGUACAAAUAUUGAUGAUCUUCAUACACCAUUAUCAUCACAACAACAACCACAAUGGGAUGAUGCUGAAGAACCUGAAUAUAUUAAUUAUACAAUACGUCUUCAAUCAUUUGAAUCAUGGUCUCAUUUACAUCCACAAAUAAAUGGAGCACAAAAAACAUUUGUUACACCUCAAACAAUGUCUAAACAUGGAUUUUAUUUUUCAGGACCUAAUGAUGGUGUAACUUGUUUCUAUUGUGGUAAUACAUUAGUUGAUUGGUCAUCAGCAAUAUGUUCUACAAAUGAAAAUAUUGUUCAAUUUGAACAUGCACGUUUUUUUCCAUGUCGUUUUGUUAUUUAUACAGCUGGUGUUAAAUUUGUUGCUGAGGCAGGAUAUUUUCAAACAGUUUCUCCUCAAGAACGACGUGAUCGUAAUCCUACGAUAUUAAAAUCUUUAACUAUGUCUGAAAGUAUUGAAAAAAAACCUGAAACAAUUGAUGAAUGUUUAGCAACAUUUUAUAAAUGGCCUCGAAAUGCUCCAAUAUCAGCUCAAGCAUUAGCUGAUAGUGGAUUUUAUUAUUUAGGUGAAGAAUUACGAGUAAAAUGUUUUAUGUGUGAUCUUGAAGUUGAUGAUUGGCGUCAUGGUAUGACUGCUAUUGGUACACAUCGGAAACGUAAAAGUGAUUGUGAAGUACUUCGUGCAAUUGAUAGUAUUAAAACUGGUGAUAUACAAACAGUUAAUGAAAAAUGGCGUCUUGAAACACUUCUUGGUUUAUCAUUUACUGAAUCAAAUACAAAUAAUUAUAAUCAAAAUGAAAAUGAUCAACGUUUAUGUCGUGAAUUAGCUGCAUGUGGUUUUUAUCGUUUUAAAAAUACAAAAUUUAUUCGUUGUGCAUAUUGUGGUGUUACAAUUGAACCAAAAUUAGGUCAAUCAAUUAUGUCACAACAUCGAUAUUUAACUAAACAAUCAAUUAAAACAACAACAACAACAACAAAUGAUCAACAGAAAAAAUCAACAGUGGAUUGUCUUAUGGUACGUGCACAAUGUCCAGCUAAUAUUGUUAUACCACAUCGAGAACGUUUUCCAGAACAUCCAAAAUAUCAAUCAAUAUUUGAUCGUAUUAAAUCAUUUGAAAAGUAUAAAGAACAACAUAAAAUUGAUGAUUGUUCUAUACGUGAUACGACAGAAGCAGGAUUUUUUCUUGAUGAACAACGACGUAUGCGAUGUUUUCAAUGUGGUAAUGCAUUACCAAUUAGUGAUAAACUACGACGAAAAAAAUAUUCACAAUAUAAUAUGGCACAAUUACAUGCACAUUUCUAUCCAACAUGUGAAUGGGUUAAAGAAAUAUUAGGUGUUAAAUAUAUUGCACAAGUUCUUCAUGAUCGAAAGAAAUCAAGUGAACCACAAAGUCAAACAUCAUUUUAUGCACAACCAUCAUUAAUACCGUGUUCAACGACUACAGAUUCUGCCCCACCUACUUUAAUCGGGCCAACUACUGUUAAUAAACAACGACGUAUGCGAUGUUUUCAAUGUGGUAAUGCAUUACCAAUUAGUGAUAAAGUACGACGAAAAAUAUAUUCACAAUAUAAUAUGGCACAAUUACAUGCACAUUUCUAUCCAACAUGUGAAUGGGUUAAAGAAAUAUUAGGUGUUAAAUAUAUUGCACAAGUUCUUCAUGAUCGAAAGAAAUCAAGUGAACCACAAACUCAAACAUCAUUUUAUGCACAACCAUCAUUAAUACCGUGUUCAACGACUACAGAUUCUGCCCCACCUACUUUAAUCGGGCCAACUACUGUUAAUAGUCCAUCUUUAUUUUCAGUAAAUCAAAUUGAUGAACCUUUCCUAUCCGACCAAUCCGAAGAACUAACAGAUGAUGAAGAUCUUGAACCUGUAGCUGUACCGCCUAGUACUUAUUUUAUUACUGGUACGCCAUGUCUACAAUCACCACCUCUAUCAACGGCACCGCAUGAGUCAUUAUCAACAGUAAAAGCUCAAACUUGUUCGGAUCCUACCACUACUAAUGGUCAUAGUCAAUUGACACCGGCUACUAUGUCAAAACAUAUCAAUCCAUUUAGACAAUAUAUAGAACAACAACAAAGACAUGAACGUAUAGAGGAUAGUACUUCAUCAGAUAGUGGUUCACAUGAAUUAUCACCUUCAACGGGAUCUACGCCAUCUGUUUCCUCUCCAGUUGAUAUACGUUCUUUGCUUUCACAUGAAUCAAAUCGUUUAGAUACAUUUAAAAAACAUAAUCGUGAAACAUUUGCACAAGUUCCUGUUGCACAUCUUGCUUAUGUUGGAUUCUUUUUAAACGGUGAAGGUACUGCCAUCCAAUGUCCAUGGUGUGAAGUCUGUUUAACUGAACGACAAUUUGAAGAUAUUAUGUCUACACGACCAACUGUUGUUCGUUCAGCAGUAAGUGAUGAACCAUGGACACCAAUGCGUGUACAUCGACAUGCAAAUGGACUAAUGAUGGAUCAAAAUCACUCAUGGUGUACAUGGGUUAGACGAGAAGCCGGUGGACUUUAUCCAAAUGUUACAAUGUUACAAAGUCAACUACUUUAUCCAGAAUAUCCGUCUUAUUCGAAUAUUGAAAAACGAAUUAAAUCAUUUACAUCUGAUUGGGUUUAUCCAAGUGGUAGUCGUCUUUCGAAUCAAAUGAUGGCCGAAGCUGGAUUUUUCUAUAUGGGUGGAGGUAAUGUUUGUUGUUAUUAUUGUGGUAAUAAAUUACAAAAUUUUGAACCACGUGAUUGUCCAUUUGAAGAACAUGCAACAUUUUAUCCUUUUUGUGAUUUUAUACAAAAAGUACGCGGUCUUGAUUAUAUCAAUCGAAUUAUUUUAGAAUGUGGACGAACUCCACAAGGACGAUUAAAAUAUGAAGUGUUCGGUACACAAAAAAUUAAACGUAUUAUAUUUGAUAAAAGUGGUGCAACAAAUCGUAAAAGUGAACGUCCGCCGGUAAAUCGAUUAGAUUCAUUGUCAUCUCGUUCAUUAAGUCGAAAUAUCGCAUCUUCGCAAACAAUAAAUAAUGCUUGUCUUAUAUGUACAGCAAAUGCAGCUACACAUGAAUAUGAUCCUUGUCAACAUUAUCCAAUGUGUCAAGAAUGUUGUGCUCGUUUAGAUCAAGAACACCUUCAAAGAUGUAUGAUGGCUACUUCAUCAAUUGCUAAUAAAGUGAAUAGUUCAUUAGGACGAACUAUUAAAACUGUAACUGUAAUUGGAGGUGGUUUAAUGGGUUCAGGAAUAGCUCAAGUUGCUGCUGAAACUAAUCAUCAAGUUAUUAUUGUUGAUCAAAAACAAGAAUUUCUUGAUAAUAGUUUAAAUAUAAUACAAACAAGUUUAAAACGUGUUAUUAAAAGAAAAUUUGAACAAGAUCAACAACAUGGAGAAAAAUAUUUAAAUGAUAUUAAAAGUCUAAUUAAAACAAGUACAAAUAUUAAUGAUGCUGUUCAAUCAACAGAUAUUGUUAUUGAAGCAAUUAUUGAAAAUCUUGAAAUGAAACAAAAAUUAUUUAAAUAA